UAUUUCUUAUCGAUAAAUCCCACCCACGGCCUCAUGUGGUUGCUCGACGUGACUUUAAAACUUUAAAUAUUAAUUCAAAAGAAUUGAUUGAAAAAACAAUAAAGAUGAAACGCCGCGCCUCAUUUGAAGGCUCCAGCUUAACAGAGCAGAACACGCGUAGGAUGCGCCUUCAGGCCAAUGCCAUGCUGAACGCCAACACUUUCGAUCCGACGCCUCUCGCUAAAUUCAUCCUGAAUUUGAGGCAGAAACCGGCCAAUAUCGAUCAGAACGAUCUAAUGGCCGUCCUGGAAGUGAUCUUUACCAAUUUGUUCAAGCGCGAGUCAAUGGAUACGCAGGCGCUACAAUGGGACUCCCUGUACACAGAGACGUGGGUUUUGCUGCUCGACCGCAUUGGCUCGACGUCUCAGGUGGAGACCCUGAUGGCCCUCAAGGUGUGCAUGUCCCUGAUUAAGGGUGAGGCCGAGAGCCCCUUCGUGGAGGGAGACUGGCCCAUCGGCAAGCUGAAGAGUAUUCUCGAAAUUCUGAUCAAUGGCCCGGAGAGAACCAUUGUGCUGAAGGAGUUCGGCAAGUACACCAAAUACCUGGACGUACUCAAUUUGUCAAUCAAGUUCGCCCUCGAACUGGCACCCACCGGAGACUACCAGCAUGACACUAUCAAGGCGAUGAACUAUCUGUCGCUGGUCAACCAAUUGGAUCUGGGCAAGGCGGUGCUCUCUGCGCAAAAGUACCAUGUGGACACGAACAAGUCGCACCGGAGCUUCACCUACGAGAAGGCCCGCAAGAAACUGAACAAAAUCUGGCGCGGCAUAAUCGCCUCAAGCAACGGCAUAGAUGAAGAUCUACAUCGCAUGGUGCUGGUGGUGUUGCUGGAGCGCAUUUUGCCCCACAUGGAGGACCCCAUCGGAGUCACUGACUUCCUGAUGAACUCGCUGCAUGAAUAUGAUGGACCCAUCGCCCUGCUGGCGCUACAGGGCAUCUUCGUCCUGAUGCAGAAGCAGAACAUCACCUAUCCCGAUGUGUACGAGAAGCUGUACCAAAUGUUCCAUGCUCGCGUUUUCAGCAACAAAUACAAGUCCCGCCUGUUUUACUUGGCCGACAUUUUUCUCACCUCGACACAUUUGCCGGAAAAUCUGGUGGCGGCCUUUGUCAAACGCUUUGCUCGUCUUGCCCUGAAAAGUCCACCCAAGGAUGCCGUGAUCAUGAUACGCUUCAUCUGCAACCUUUUGCUGCGCCACACUGGCCUACAGAAGCUCAUACGCGGCGAUCCGCUGGCCGAACAGGUCAGCGACCCAUAUAAUGAAAAGGAAAAGGAUCCGGUCAAAACGGAGGCCCUCAAUAGCUCGCUCUGGGAGUUGCAUUUCCUUCAAAAGAACGCCAUACCCGAGGUGGCCAAUGCGGCCACGUUUAUCAACAAUCCCCUGCCCAUCAUGGAGUUCGAUCUGGGGCCCCUGCUCGAUGUGGAGGACAGUAGGAUAUUCGAUGACCUAUUGAAGAGCAAGGCCAAGCAGUAUAUGCUGAGUUACGAGAACACCAAGACUUUGGCGCUGGCCAAGCAUGACACUGUCACCAAGCACUUUGAUCUAGUCUAGAAUUUACUCUUAAUAUUUAAGCCGGAUGAUUGUAGUUGUAGUUGAGCCCCCUCGGACGAGCCAACUCGGUUUGAAACCAUUUGGAUGGUGAAAUAUAAUUUAUGCUCCCUGGAA